UUGUAAUUGGGUGGAUGAUCAGCUGCAUUAGGACAGAGACUAGUGUCUGGCGUAUGAUCUUGGUAAUCAUCCAGGUAUGAAUAAUAGAUGCGCUGUUUUGAGUGUGUGCUUGGAUACGUCGAGUUUACACCUGUACACGCGUGGAGACCUGUCCAGGUGUGGAGACUGGGGAAACAGACACUUGAAAAUAAACAAUAUGAAGACAUUCGCUUCACUUCGCGUCACUGCCAUGGAUAAAGACCUGUCACUUCCACAGAAAAUACUACAGCGGUUUGACGAGAGGCGAGGAGAGCUAGGCGCUAACCCAAGGACCAUGAAUAAGUACAGCCCUUUCUUAUUUAUAGCGGAAGUGACGGGUGUUUGGUACUACGGAACGUUUCAGGCUAUCCCGUUUUUGUAUGCAGGGUACGACGGACUCACGGUUACAGUCAUACAGGCCCUAGUUUGCUUCCUUGCCUUUGAGGUUGUGAUUAACUGGUGGUAUGUAUACACCGUGGAUUCGAACUACUAUCCCCAACUGCAUGGGACACCACAAGAAUAUGAAUUACAUUCACUUUUACAGGUAGUGACCAAUACGGAUUCCCAAACCAAGCGGAGAGAUGCUGACCGGACCAAAACUGUCCCUACUUCCGGCUACUAUUGGUCGUGGAAGUAUUGCGCUGUCUGUGACCAGCCACGCCCCCCUCGGUGCCACCACUGCAUGCUUUGUAAUCGGUGUUCGCUAAAACGUGACCACCACUGUUUCUUUGCCCGGAACUGCAUCGGCUAUCGGAACUUACGGCAUUUCACCGUUAUGAUAUUCUGGGCUAGUUUGUCAUCGGUGAUCGGCUUUGUUCAUGCAGUCCCGUUCAUUUUUAUGGAAGUGUUGCCAAGCGACUGUUUCUAUAUCGAUGUGCUUCCCUUCGUGGCCUUCGUUCGAUGGAUAUUUGGUUAUUCUCACUUUCGGGUCGGGAUCAUUGUUCUAGGAUUGUGGUUUUUAUUUAUGUUUGUUAUUUUGACAACUGCAAUGAUGAACGAUAGCUAUAAAUUGAUCAUACAGGGUAAAACAUCAUAUGAAGUGGACAAUGAUAUCCUUAUCAGUGACACAAGAAACACGAGAGACAAAAUCAGAGCCGUGUUCGGUAAAUAUUGGCUUUUAAACUUCGUGAUGCCAAUGCAUUGGCUAUUUGAACCGGAAGUGGAUCCUGUGAACUGGCCAACGAUUAACACGUGAUUUGUGUUUAAUCCCUGACAACUGACAACUUAACAACAGCGAGACAAUCGGAACUCAUCGGCUGUGCUACAUCAAUCGGAACCCCUCGUCUUUUUCUCCGAAACUAGACUCGGACCAAAGUAGUAACCAUUUUGGACUACUUUCGAUCACAUGCCACAAAAAAAUGGCGCCGCCAAUGUUCGCAGACGGAGGCGAGGUGUUCCGAUUGAUGUAGUCACAUUCAAAGAGUUCCGAGUGACUGCGAGAUUGUCAUUGGCUAUCCGGUGACUGUGAUAAAAAAUCUAUGGUUAUCCACAGGGAAAACGAAAUACAUGUACAUAAUAUAUGCCGCUAUCAGUUACAUUACCGUAUGAGACGACUAAAGUGGGGACUUCCUGCGGAAUUGACGUCCUGUUAUGUGUCCUGUCGGUUGGGAAUAUUUAUGUAUACACGGAGUCUGACGGUCAACCAACAGCUAGGGAAUGUAAGUGUUAAGGACACACCAACAAAAUAACAUACGGCAAUGAAAGAAAGACAGUAAAUGGGAGAUAAGAAGUGUUGUAGGGGGACCCUGGUUACUUUUCUUAUCUCUUUAGUCAGUGUCCCAAUGGAAACCACCGGGUGGGUGGCUAUUUUCGCUACCUACGAUUGGAUUAAAAAUACGCAUUUCAAGCUGUAUUUACUUUUUAAAAUUAUAAAGUAAAGUUCCAUCAACUCAAAUCCUUUCUCUGUUGGUCGAGUGACACAGUGGUAACACACUUGCCUUUCACCCUAGCGGCUGGGGUUCGAUUUCCCGAUAGGACGUGAAAAAAUAUGGGUCACCUGACCGACCACGUGGGUUAUCCCCGGGUACUCCGCUUUCCUCCCACAGUAAGACCCCUCCUGCGUUUCCAUCCGGGCAAACAAGUGUGAUUAAUAUUAGUUGAUAUAACUUGUUUCGCAAUUGUUGUAAAAUAAAUCAUGUUUACACAUC